UACAUUUUUUUUCUUAUCGCUGCAGACUUUGCAUUGGUUCCGCAUUGGCCAGCUCCAUUGAUCACGUCUAGAACGGAUUACUCAUGCCAGAUCAACGCAAUAAGACGGCAACGACAUCGACCCAUCUCCGGGACGGAAGUAAAUGCAGUCGCUCAUCUCGCUCUCUCUCUCCCGCCAUCAAAAAUUAUACUAUGUAGUCAUGCAUUUUAGAGCGAGCGGUGCACGGCCCUGAUAUGAACGCUGCUUACCGCUACGGCUCGGGGGCCCUCUUCCGGUCUGUGGGGCACGUGGAGAGAGCACAAAGCUAGCUAGACCCAGACUAUGCAGCCGGAGAGCGGCACUGUGACUUUUCUUCUUUUUUUUUUUUUUUUAGCUUUCUUGCUCUUCGACGCGCUCGCUGUGUCUCGGUGGGCAAACGUUUCUUGUACUUAAAUCACGACGCGGCCCAUUGGCAUUUAAGUUAUGCAACAUUCUCGAAAGCGAGCGCACUCCAGAGACCAUUUAAGCGCGUCUGCCCCGCUGUAACCCAACAUUGUCUGACGAGAGGUAAGCGCGGUCGCAGCAGCAAAAGGACUAACAAAAUAGCAGCGAGGACCCGCAGGAAUAGAUACUACAGAGUACAGUGUACAGUGUAGAGUAGGUGUGGAGUACGUGUGUUCGUCAGAUGUCCCCAGUCGUAGUGCGAUAAGUUUAGUUCGUGUUCGUGAUCCACAUCAAGAUUAGGCUCCCUCCCUUUAUCACUCUCGACCCUCGCCAACUGGAAGUGGAAGUGAAGUGGAAGUGCCCGCCAUGACCCACUCCAUCUGGCUGCUGCUGCUGCUUGUGGCCCUGUUCACCCUGGUGAACAGUCGCUCGAUCCGCCAAGUGCCGAGCGACUACUCCGGCGGGCCGCCGCAACAUUCGCUGCUGCCCAGCGGCUACUACGGACAGCCGUAUGCCUACCAGGCGCCCUACGGAUACGGCUACCAGGCGCCACCGCCGGUGUUCAGUCCACCGGGCAGCUACUACGAUAGUGUCUAUGGCGUCUACAAGCCCUUCCCCGGCGGCGGCAUUCCAGUUCGAAUUGAUUAUAACAAUCGGUGCUCGAGGAACUACUUGGGGAUUAAGCCGCAUCCCGACCAGCAGGAGUACUACUAUGUCUGCCAGCCCAACUGUGUGAUCUUCAGCAAGUGCCCGAAACUCGAGAGCUUCAACUCAAGCAGUGGUCGCUGCGCCCAUCGGGUGCAGCCCCAAGCGCCGCCCUGUGUGAAGGAGGGACGGUUCGCACAUCCGAGCGACUGCAGGGUCUACUACAGGUGCGACAAGAACGAGUCGCUGCCCUGGCUCUUUGCCUGCCCAUCGGGAACGAUUUUUUCGCCACUAAAGAGGAAGUGCAUUCCCGGCGACGAGUGCCCAUCGACGGAGAUCUCGAACAGCGGCAGCUAUAUACCCGUUAACUGUGAGAUCAAGUUUCCCGAGUGCACGGAGGAGGGCACCUUCCGGUCGCCCACGGACUGCGCCCUCUACUACACCUGCAAGCUGCAGGAGAACGGAAACUAUCUGCAGACCCGCUUCAAGUGUCCCGGCAGCAACAGCUAUGACCCCAAACGGAGACUCUGCCGACCGCGCAGCGAGGUCAAGUGCCACGAUUACGUGCCAGUGCCCGUGCCACAGGUUGCCUAUCCCCAACUGCCACACUACUACCCGUACCCAGCCCCGCAUACCCUUUACGAGGAGGAUGACUACGACACGGCAUCAGGAGUAAAGGAGCAGGUCAAUGAGCCGUCUGUGAUGAAGUCUGGAAUUGCCGAAAAGCCGUCGGUGGAUAUUGUAAUUCCGCCCACGACUACCACAACCACGGCUGGCCCCCCAAUCUAUCCGUCUUAUGAAUACCAACCGUAUCAAUAUAGAUCCCAGCCUGCAGCUGAGAGUCUCGUGGAGGAAGAGUCCGCCACAGCAAAGUACAAAAGCAAGGGAACCACCAAAUACCAGUACAAAAGGUACACAUAUUCUACAGCCAAAAUGAAUGAAGUUACGGAGGCCCCGGAACAGAUGGAAACCCUUAAGGCGUUCAAAGGACAUCUGUCCGAGAACAUUGUCAUUCUGCCCACCUCCUCCACACCCGACGGCACUUCAAAGAGUACAACCGUGAAGCGAGAGAGCUCCACCGAGGCACCGUCUAAGACGACAAUGCCACCGCACUGCGUGCCGCCGGCUACUACGACAACAGUUGAAACGACGACAACUCCGAAAUCAACUACAACAAACAGCACAACUCAAAAGGAGACGUCAACAACUCCAAAGCCAACAGUGACAACUCCGAAAUCUACGACUAUUACAAGCACAACUCCGGACCCAACUGUUACAACCACAACUCCUAAAACAACAGUGACAACUCCCAAAUCUACGACUAUUGCAAGCACCACCCAAAAGCCAACAACGACAACUCCGAAAACGUCGACAAUUACAACAAAAACGCCUGAGACCACAGUGACAACUCCGAAAACAACAACUCCGAAGUCGACAACAAUUACAAGCACCACUCAAAAACCAACAGUGACAACAACUCCGAAAACGUCAACAACUACAACCACCACUCCGGCGCCAACAACGUCAACUCCGAAAACUUCGACCAUUACAACCACAUCUCCUGAAACCACCCGUACAACUCCGAAAUCGACAACAAUUACAACCACAUCUCCUGAGACCACAGUGACAACUCCGAAAUCUACAACUAUUACAAGCACCACUCAAAUAACAACAACGACAACUCCGAAAUCUUCGACAAUUACAACCACAACUCCUGAGACCACAGUGACAACUCCAAAAUCUACAAUUAUUACAACUCAAACACCAACAACGACAACUCCGAAAUCUACAACUAUUACAACCAAAACGCCUGAGACCACAGUGACAACUCCGAAAUCUACGACUAUAACUACCACAAAUCCUGAGACCACAGUAACAACUCCGAAGUCGACAACAAUUACAAGCACCACUCAAAAACCAACGACAACAACUCCGAAAACGUCGACAAUUACAACCACAACUCCGGCGCCAAGAACGUCAACUCCGAAAACUUCGACCAUUACAACCACAUCUCCUGAAACCACAGUGACAACUCCGAAAUCAACAACAAUUACAACCAAAUCUCCUGAGACCACAGUGACAACUCCGAAAUCUACAACCAUUACAAGCACCACUCAAAUUACAACAACGACAACUCCGAAAUCUACGACAAUUACAACCACAACUCCGGAGCCAACAACGACAACUCCGAAAACGUCGACAAUUACAACCACAACGCCUGAUACCACAGUGACAACUCCGAAAUCUACAACUAUUACAACCACAACUCCUGAAACCACAGUGACAACUCCGAAAUCGACAACCAUUACAAGCACCACUCAAAUAACAACAACAACUCCGAAAUCUACGACAAUUACAACCACAACUCCGGAGGCAACAACGACAACUCCGAAAACGUCGACAAUUACAACCACAACGCCUGAUACCACAGUGACAACUCCGAAAUCUACAACUAUUACAACCACAACUCCUGAAACCACAGUGACAACUCCGAAAUCAACAACCAUUACAAGCACCACUCAAAUAACAACAACAACUCCGAAAUCUACAACUAUUACAACCACAACUCCUGAAACCACAGUGACAACUCCUAAAUCAACAACCAUUACAAGCACCACUCAAAUAACAACAACGACAGCUCCGAAAACGUCGACAAUAACAACCACCACCCCGAAUGUGUCUACUACAACUGCGAAAUCGACAACUAUCUCAACGCCCACAGAACAAACAACAUCCACGACUCCGAAGUCGACAACUAUUACCAGUACCACUCCACAACCAACAACAACAACCACUCCGCAAUCGACAACUACCUCAACCACCACACAACAGACAACAACAACUCCGAAAAGUUCGACAUCUGAAAAGCCUACAACGACAACAGCCCAACCAUCAUCAGCACCAUCGACAACAACGAGCCCCCAACCGUCAGGCAGCACCACACUUGAAACAACUACAACAACUGCCAAGAGCAGUACUCCUUCGGAAGAGCAGACCACGGUAACGAAACCAGUCUGCCCUGAUCAUGGAACGACGGAGGUGUCCAAUCCCGGCGACUAUGACGCCGAAGAGGUGCCCGAGCUCACCCUGACGGUGCACAAGCCCAUCGAUGUGAAGAUUGUGUUCUGUCCAAAGUCCUGCACUGAGGACCACGACCACACACAUGACCCAGCUGAUAAUUAUAAGAAGUCCAAUUGCUCUGGAAGCUGCGACGAUGACCAGCCGCCGGCCGACCACAGCGUGGAUAUCAAGUGGAAGCCGCUGACGCUGAAGGACACCGCCAGCUUUCAAACCAUCACGUAGACAGGCCUAAGCCCACACAACAUUCGAGUUUGUACUCAUUGCAAUUCACGUAUAUUGUUUACUUUAACUAUGCUAAAUAAAUAAU